UACGUACAGCGCCACCAUUCAUUUUACCAGGUGACAUGUAUAUAUAAAUAGAAAAUCUUACAAAACAGUAACAUACAUAGAGAAUAUAUUCCAGAAAAAAUGGCGAAAACAACUGUACUGAUAAUUGUUAUUGUGUCUACCUUGUUAGUGCUGACGGAAAGUAAAAGGCACUGCGGACGCUGUCCAUCACGAGAUGAUAAAAAACACGUUUGUCGUGAUUUGGAGAAAAAAACAUACCAAGCAACGGUGAAAUUUUGUGGGAAAUGCCAGGGGACAUCAGCAGACUAUUCACAGUUUUGUCAAUAUUUAGAUCCCAAAACAAUGAUAUUUGAACAAGGUUGCAUUAAUUAUAAAACAGUUGAUGUCACACUUCUAUUUUGUGUAGAAAAGUGUUGUGAUGGAUGGACACGUAAUGAAUAUGGACAAUGUUCCAUCGAAGACGACGAUGAUGAUGAUGAUGAUGAUGACGAUGACGAUGAUGACGAUAUUAUUUGCGAGAAUGGCGGGUCUUCCGAUGACGGACAUUGCUCUUGUCGUGAUGGAUUUGUCGGGAAACAUUGUGAAACGCCUGUAUGUUCACCUCAAUGUUUAAAUAACGGAGUAUGUACAGGGAGGGAUGGGAAAGCUGUGUGUGUUUGCUCUGAAGGAAGAUUCAGCGGGAAACAGUGUGAAAUACCUGUAUGUGAUCCUGGGUGUCAAAAUGGCGGCAGCUGUGUAGUUGGAACAUACAGAUCAAUGUGUACCUGUGUACCUGGUUUUGAGGGAAAGAUUUGCGAAAUGAGAGUAAAAGAUGGCAAAUGUCCAGCUCCUACAGGCACCGGAAUCUGUGCUACAAAGACAUGCAAAGCAGAUUCAGAAUGUAAAAAUGACCACAAAUGUUGCAAGAACAGUUGUGGUUCCCUUCAAUGUAUGGCACCAGCUCAAACAGAAUGUACAUACAAAGAUAAACAAUAUCCAAUCGGAUUUCUUCGAAAAAAUGAUUCCUGCACGAGUUGUUUAUGUAUAGAUUCUCCAAACCAGUGGAGUUGCGAACAAAUGAGAUGUCCACCGUUGUCAUGUGAUAAAACAAAACAGAUCCCAAAUGUAUGUUGUCCUGUUUGUGACGACAACCCUACUUCAGGCAAUGGUCCUAUGUUUAGACAUUGUCCAAAAGGUAAACUUGUCAUCCACACGCACGAAGAAAACUUCAUUGAUAUUCGAAAGUCUGUAAAUUUGACUGUUGUCGGCAGUUCUGGACGUUACAAGGUUCAAUAUUCCAAGGAGGUUGUUAAAGCAGUGUCGUGCUCUUGCAGUAGAAAUAUCCAUAUUGUCAUAGCACAAUCUAAACCGGAUGCAUACGGAAGAAUUGCGUCAUGCCACUUUUCUGUUCAUGUUUUGGAUAACCAUCCACCAAUGUACAGUUCAUGUCCAGCAGAUAUUGCUGCUUUUGAGGACGAAAUAAUAAGUUGGGACAAACCAGAGGCUACAGACAACAUUGGUAUCAAAUCAGAAAAAAUCAUUUCGGAUUAUGAAAACGACAGUAAAUUCCCCGAAGGAACACAUGUUGUAAUGUAUGUGUCAGUAGAUCACGAGGGUAACGUUGGAGUCUGUAGAUUUCUUGUGGCCAUCUACAAAAGAGGAACCAGCGAUCCAACAAUACCCAGUGAACUGAAGAGAGAAAAUAGAGACAAUAGUAAAAUGCACAUUACAGUAUCUGUGGUUGGACUACUGGCUGGUGUCGUUCUUCUGAUUGGUGCUGUUUUAUGGGCAUUAUAUUGUCGACGAAUGAAGAAAAGAAGCACCGAACAGCGAACCGGAAAUGACAACAAUGCAUAUAAUAAUGAAAUCUACGCAACUACACCUACUUCCGGAUCACCACCGCCAUCUUAUGGCAAAGCAGGAGGAAUGAAAUUCCCACCAGAAUAUAUAUGCGGAGAUGACAAACCCCCAAUUUAUGAGGAACUGGAUGUCAAGGUGUUUUCAAAGAAAGGCAUCUAUAAUCUGGUGUACGACACAUCUGUUGAUGUAAGGGCCAUUGAAGUUCAGGUGCAAGAGGAAGAAUGUCAUAAAGAAUAAUGAGAAAUCGUUGAGGUGAUUUUACUUUUGAUUUUUUAAAUUUGAAACUAUAAAGUUUUAGACAUUUUAUUUAAAUAUAUUUUUAUUGAUUCAGUGCAUUCUUUUUAAAAAACUAUUCUAUGACAAUCGAUGUUAAUAUACUCACAAAAUUUUGAGAAUGCCAAAUAUAACAAAAGAUUAAAAAUUGAAUUAGAUUCAAUUAAUGUGCAAUACUUUUACCAAAUAAUCAACUCAAACACAACUCUGUACGGAAUUGAAAAUUCAACGAAUAUAUUCAUUAAUGUUUCUAUACGAGCUUUUCUGUCUUGUUUGCUUGAUUAAAUGAAUGUUUAUUAUAUCUUAUAUAUUUGCCAUUAAACAUAAAUUGUUUGUCUUGUUUCAAAUAUUAAAUAAAUAUUUUAAAGUU